ACGAGAUCAGUUGGCUUGGACAGUGCAAAGAGUGAAGAUCGAUAAAUAUAUCUCCUACUUGUUUAUACGGAGUGAGGCUUUAACUUGGUGUGACUCAUCAUUGUAGAUACUGCUACGAAAAACAUCUAGUCAUUGAACUGUAAUAUAACUUUUCGGCGAAGCUCAAAUUACUAAAACUAGUACAAGCAAUGUCCUGGUACUACACUGCGAAACCAACCGUAUUCCCGGCUCCGGACUUCAACCCCUCGGCAGAUGCUGCGGCCCUACGUAAAGCCAUGAAGGGCUUUGGUACAGAUGAGCAAGCGAUAAUUGACAUUCUGUGCAGUCGUUCUAACUGGCAGCGACAGAUUAUCUCGGAAACGUUUACCCGUGAGUUGGGCCGUGAUCUGAUUAAAGAUCUGAAGUCGGAGUUAGGAGGGAAAUUCGAAGAUACGAUUCUCGGUCUCAUGCUGCCACCAGUCAACUAUUUGUGUAAACAUCUAUACAAGGCUAUGGAUGGCAUCGGCACUAACGAGCGGGCGCUAAUUGAAAUCCUCUGUUCGCAAAACAAUGAGCAAAUGCAGCAUAUAUCGCGAGUAUAUGAAGAAAUGUACAACCGACCGUUGGCGGAACAUGUAUGCACUGAAACUUCCGGUGAUUUCCGAAGACUACUGACACUUAUUAUCACCGGUACACGUGAUCCGCCUGGCACUGUUGACCCUGAUCAUGCCGUAGUCCAGGCCAAACAGCUUUUCGAUGCUGGAGAAGGUAAAUGGGGUACGGACGAAUCUGUGUUCAGUAAAAUUCUCGUACACUCGAGCUUCGAUCAAUUGGAAUAUGUGUUUGAGGAAUACAAAAAACUGACUGGACGGACGAUUGAACAGGCACUGAAAGCCGAACUUAGUGGCGACUUUUACGAAGCACUAAGUGCGAUUGUCGAAUGUGUCCAGAUGGCGCCACAUUUCUUUGCGAAACGAUUGUUUGAAGCCAUGGAUGGACUCGGUACCGAUGAUACUACUCUGAUCCGCAUUAUCGUUUCUCGUUCCGAAAUUGACCUGCAGAACAUCAAAGACGAGUACGAACAAAUGUACAACAAAACAUUGAUGAGUGCCGUGAAGAGUGAAACAUCAGGGGACUACAAGAAAGCGUUGUGUGCUUUGAUAGGAAAUGCCUAAUCAACGGUCGACAAUUAAAAUUUUAGAAUUAAGCAAUCUCAUUAACCUCAUUUUCUCAAAUUCCAAGAGCUGUUUUAUUUACUGAAUAUUUAUACAUUACAGGAAUAUAUUCUGCACAAUUAGCAAAUAAGUGCCAAGUAUCGUUCUAGAUUCGAACAAGUACACUCUAAGAAUUAUUUUAAAAAUCUCUAUACCGCAACAGUGAAUCUUUACAUCACAAAAAAUAAACAAAAAAGCUUCCAAUACAUGUUCGUGAUUAUCGCAAA